AUGAGCUUAUUUAGCGCUAACACAAAUCAAACAACAGGCUUAUUUAAUAAUCCUGGAAUAGCAUAAACUUAAACUCCAAAUUUAUUUUAAAAUAAUAAUUAAGGAGGAGGUUUAUUCCAAAAUAAUCCAACACCUCCAACUGGUGGUGGUGGUAUAUUUUAAAAUACACCCCAAUAACCAGCGGCUGGUGGUAUUUUUACAGCCAAUCCAUUAGGAGGAGGAACAGGUUUAAUUCAAAAUACGUAAUAAUAACAAACUUUAACAGGAUUAAAUUUAUAAUAACAAUAACCUUAAACACUAGGAGUAGGUAUUUUCUAACCAGCUUAAAAUACAUAAUAAAAUACUACAGGAGGAAUAUUUUCAAACACAUAAUAAGGAGUAUAAUAAUAGCAGCAUUAAUAAGGAAAUAAGUUGUUUUAAUAAAAAUUAAGUGGAAAUUCUGACGAAUGGAAAAAAUUAAAAGCGCAUUUUAUCACCGUCUAAAAUUGGAAGAAAUAAUUAGAUGAUAGUUCUUAAACUGCCAUUAUAA